AUGCUCCCAACGCGAAAGGCACGCGCUCGUGUACCAACUGUUAGGCUGCCUCACCGACAAGGCACAAACAUCGCGGUUGGGCCAAGGCCAGUCACAUCCCUCGAAAAUCCAAGUCCCAUAAUAUUUUCGGAGUCUCAAGUCAAGACGGCAGAGCAAAGGGAAAGCCAGCGAAGCUUCAUUUCCUCGCCACUCGCUGCUGCUCUCAUGCCUGCCAACGCCAAAUGGCCCGAUUUCCAGCUGGCUUCGAAAUUGCGCUAUUUCAUGGGCUCAAGUGCACCUGAAUCGACUCAAUCGGAAACGACUUCUUCCCAGCUCGACCAAGCAAAACGCGAGGAACUCGAAUCUGCCCACGAGGUCGACCAAGACCUGGGAGGCGAGACACACACUGCCACAAUGGCCGAGCUCGAUAAUGAUCCUGUUCAGGGGAUGGAGGAUGUUGACGAUUACCAAGAGGAAGGCGAUACUGCCGACGUCGAUGUCGACUUUGGCGAUCUCGAAAUGUUUGACAGCAACGCGUCACAGCUCCCGUUUUCGUCGCAGGCACCCCAAUCCUUGAAGUACGAAGAGCCUGAGCUUCCUACAUCCAGUGGGAGCGCGAAACGCGACAAAUCAAGCAAAAAGAAGAGCAGGGCGGCUGAUUUUGCUGUCGAUGACGAACCGCCCAGUUCAGCCACGUCGAAGCGCAAGAAGUCGAAGAAAAAGUCUUUGCAGCAUUCCGAAAUCGCCGAGGAUCAGCCCACCGACACAAAUCUAAAUACGACAAGCGCCCCCCCUGCCGCUGAAGAUGAGCGAGAACCUGAGGCGCUUGAGGAUGCUACCACCGAGAUGGAUGCAUUGGAUUUGGCGCCCGUCCAAGUAGCCCAAAAGCUGAAGAAGAAGAAACGGAAGCCGUCUGACUCUGUGGAUGGCAAGCGAAACAAGAAGAGGAAGGGCGUUGACGACGACGACGCAACUGUUCAGCAGACACAAGACGAGACCAGCUUUCUACAUUUGGAUAAGAAUGCUGCCAGCCCACAACUCGGCACGGCAAUUGAGGAUGAUGUUGCUAAUGCCGAUGAACAAACCUCGCCUAGCCUUGCUCGUGCCCGCCGUCGCAGCCAGACGGGAGAGGAAACUCGCUCAAGGGAGAAUAGUGUGCCUUUCCGAGCUCAAGUUGCCCCUAUGGCUCCCAUGGCAAUUGAUACGCUUCCGCAAGAAGAAGUAUCAAAUAACCAGCAAGAAAUAUCUGGUGACCACGUAGAUGAUCGCGAUGAUGAGGAAAUGCUCAAUAUUGCGCGAGCGGUAUGGAGGGAGCACAAGAGUAGCCAAAAUGAAACAGGCAAAGGAGCAAACGAAGCAGCCCUUGAUCAGAAUGCAACUGGCGUCAACGGCUCUGGAGACUCUGCUCAAGUGGAGGAGCAGCCAAAUGAAACCCCAGCACGACGGCGAUCUACGAGAACAAAAGCAAAGCCUGUGUUGCUUGUGCAGGAGACCAAAGCAGAGACGCCUGCCAAGAGGAAUCGUCAAGCACUUGGAGAGCUGCCGUCCCCCUCCGCCAACACACCAAAGCCAAAAGUACGAUCUAAGCGUGCCUCAAAGAAGAAGACAGAACAACCAUUGCAACCCUUGGAAGAGGAUGCUGAAAAUGCAGAAUAUGAAGAGCCAUUAGCGAGGACAGCCGACCCGGGAAAUUACACGCAGGGACGAUUCACACAAGCCGAAUUCGAUGGCAUUAGCCGGGUUAUUGAACAAUUCCGAGAUGAAUAUGGAAUGACACAAGCUGAAGUCAAUCAGAUAAUCCAAGCACCUGGAGGUACAACAGCCGGUGAUGCUCAUGCACGCCUCUGGUAUCGCCUCUUUGAAGUGUGCCCUGACCGUAAGAGACAAAAGGUCAUCAACGUCGCACGCAAAAAAUACCAUAAUUUUGUUGCACGGGGAACAUGGACACCGGAACAGGAUGAGGAGCUCUCUCAACUCAUUGCCGUGCAUGGUAAUAAAUGGUCCGAAAUUGCUAGCCUCAUCAACCGCCACCCUGAAGAUGUUCGAGACCGGUUUCGCAAUUACAUUGUGUGCGGCCCGAACCAGCGUAAAGAUGUAUGGGACGAAGAAGAAGAGCAGCUGCUGGUACAAGUUGUCGAGGAGGCAAUGGAAGUUAUUGAAGAAAUACGAAAAGAGGACCCGACCAGGCCCAUCUAUCAGAAAAACGUUGAGGACAUUAUCGACUGGCAAGACAUCAGCAAGAGUAUGGGGAGGAAGCGGAGUCGGCUUCAGUGCAUCACAAAGUGGAAGGCCAUGCAGAACCGUCUUUCUGGAAAAAAGAAGGACAAGAAAGCCCCUCCUGCCCAGACCUCUGAGAAGAAAAAGCGAACGGAACCGGCUGAGAUGCCUAUUUCGCACGAGGAUAUUUCCUCCUUGCUUGAUUCGGCUCGCCAACAGCUCGCAAGUAUGCGCGAGGAGGAGCAGUACCGCUUGGUUUUGGCUCUCCAACAAGCCUCUGUGCUGUCAGAUGCUGAAAUUCCCUGGGCAAAACUCCUUGACAAGAAGUUCCGAGGCCAAUGGACCCUUGACACACAGGUAUUACUCUGGGACCGUCUGAAACAGACAGUCCCAGACUGGGAAGCUAUGACAGUCCUAGACAUUGCCCAGUACAUUAUCAACGAGUACAACCGAACGGGAGGCCUACCCGAAAUCAAUGGCAGUGGCUACGAUGACGAUGAGCGAGAAAAAGACAUUCUCCAGCAGCUUCGUUUCCGCAGCAGGCCGGCACCACCGCCGAAAAGCGCCGAGUUCGUCGAGGAUUCUGGUGCAGAAGAGACUAGAGAGGACGGACAAGCAGAUGCAAACGACAAGGCUGAUUUUACGAUUGAUCCAGCAUUGAUGGAAGCGCCACCGCCUUCACCCCCGAAGGCUACCCCCAAACCAAAGAAGAAGACAGCGGCCAAGAAGAAGUCGAAAAAGGCGUCUCUUAGCAGCCAGGACCCCAUUGAGGACACUGGACCGACUGCACCACUACCCGCUGUUGAUGAAGGAGAAGAGUCAAACCUCGAAGAGGCGCAAAUUCCCAAGCCAAAGACACCCGGUAAAUUCCGGUCGCCGAAUGGCAAAAAAGAAGAAAGCGGCGUUGCUGCUCUACAGGCAGACCCCUACUCAGACAGUGACAUGGACGACAUGGAAGAUCUUCCAGCUAAGAUUCUGGCAUAA